UUUCCUUCCAACCGUCACUACAGUACUGCCAAUCUCCAAGGCACCAACCGUAAUCGCUUACGAGUUACGAACUUACCUAUCAAAUUGUGUCAUUUAUAAAGUAAUAAUUAUUAACUCGAAAAUUCGAAACCGGUCACAAUCACAAAACAUAUUAUUGUAACAGCGAAACACAUAUAUUGUUUAAUGUUAUCGUAUUCAGUCUUACGACGGAAUCAGUAACGGUUAAACGAUCAUUGACUAAUCCUAUGAGCUUGCCAUAGUUCAACCCUUGCGAAUUCCAUCUGCUUCCAACAUCUUCGUUAACGUAGAAUUAAAGAAGACGUUUGUAACAUUAUACUCUAAAGUAAUACUAUACGAUGGCUCCUAAAACAAAAUUAUAUAAAAAUCGGCAAAAACUUUCUUAUAUUCAUAAUAACAAUUAUGUAAAAAAACUUAAUCGUUCUAUUGCCAUCAAUGCUAAACUGCGUAACCGUAUUGAAGAAUUAUCUUCUCAAAACAAAGAAUUAUCAAUAACUAGAAACAGUUUAUUGCUAGUUAAAUUAUCAUUAGAAAAUGAAAAUAAUUCUCUCAAAAAUGCAAAUAUUCAACAAACUGCAAUGCACCGGGCUAUCUCUAAAAAACAUGAAUUAAUCGAACAGAAUUUACAAAAGUGUAUACCUGCAUUAGUAACACUGUCACAAUGUAUUCCAAGUAUUAUGGAAGAUAUACAUACAAUACGUAAAUUUGAUACACUCAGUGAAAUUCAAACUACUGAAAAAAAAGAAAGACAAACAAAAACUGUACGACCUAUGAUAAAUGGUAUGACUAUUAAUCAACCAGCUGUUUCACUUAGACGAUUAGAAAUGUCUCCUAUUGUUGAAAGUCCUGUAAUUCAAAGUCCUAAGACUGAAAAUUACAAUUCUGAACAAACACCUAAACGACCUAGAAAAUCUUUGUUUAGAGUAUCACCACAGUGUAAUCUUAAUUUAGAACCAUAUGUAAGAUUAAAAGACGUUGCAGUUAUGUUAAAAAAUUCAAAAUCUGUUCAAAAUUCAAAAUCUCCUAAUCGUCAACUAAAUGAGGAUUUAGGUGAAGGACCAAGUUAUUUGUAUAAUCAAUCAAGUCAAAAUCCUGAUAUUCAUAAUACUGAACAUCAGAGUGAUAAUUCUUUAGUUUCAAAUGCAACACCUUUAUCAGAUAGUAAGAAAACAUUGACAUUAAAUGAAGUUCAUACUGAUAAGUCAACAAACACUUCAAAUUUUAGUCUGAAUAACACAUUUUUAGAAAAUGAAAGGCCUCCUAGUGAGCUAAUAUCUCCUGAAACAAGUAUACUAAAAAAUAUUACAAUUCGAAAGCGUCGGACCCGCAAAUCAAAUGAAACAAUGAUUGCAUCAGACAUCAACGAUUCAACUGAUUCUAUAAAUUCAACAACUUCUACAACUUCAACAAGAUCCAGAAGAGGUACUGCAAAGAUCAAUUACAAAGAGAUGGAACUUCGGACUAAAUUGAGACGAAAUUAACAAUUUAUAAUUCUUUGUUUCUAUGUUGAUUGUUUAUUAGAGUUAUUUUAUUUUACUCAGUUUUAUAUU